ACGGGGCGCAAAGUGCGCGGUCGCAGACGCGGCGGCAUUAAACUGCUACAGAUCCAGCGGGGUGGUUGCAGUCUUUCUAGGUCUCUAGCGUCCAUAACUCGCUGAGCUUCCUGAGGCCUCAGCCGUCUAGACCUCCCUACUUCCCACUCGACUGCGUCGUUGUGACUCCGCCACCAUGUUCGAGGCACGCCUGGUCCAGGGCUCGAUCCUGAAGAAGGUGCUAGAGGCGCUCAAGGACCUCAUCAACGAGGCCUGUUGGGACAUCAGCUCGAGCGGCGUUAACCUGCAGAGUAUGGACUCGUCUCACGUUUCUUUGGUGCAGCUCACUCUGCGUUCCGAGGGCUUCGAUACCUACCGCUGCGACCGCAACCUAGCCAUGGGCGUGAACCUCACCAGCAUGUCCAAAAUACUAAAAUGUGCUGGAAAUGAAGACAUCAUUACACUGAGGGCUGAAGAUAAUGCAGACACCUUGGCACUAGUAUUUGAAGCACCAAACCAAGAAAAAGUUUCAGACUAUGAAAUGAAGUUAAUGGAUUUAGAUGUUGAACAACUUGGAAUUCCAGAACAGGAGUAUAGCUGUGUAGUAAAGAUGCCUUCUGGUGAAUUUGCACGUAUAUGCCGAGAUCUCAGUCAUAUUGGAGAUGCUGUUGUCAUUUCUUGUGCAAAAGAUGGAGUGAAAUUUUCUGCAAGUGGAGAACUUGGAAAUGGAAACAUUAAAUUGUCACAAACAAGUAAUGUCGAUAAAGAGGAGGAGGCUGUUACCAUAGACAUGAAUGAGCCAGUUCAGCUAACUUUUGCACUUAGGUACCUGAACUUUUUUACAAAAGCCACUCCACUCUCUCCUACAGUAACACUCAGUAUGUCUGCAGAUGUACCCCUUGUUGUAGAAUAUAAAAUUGCUGAUAUGGGACACUUAAAGUACUACUUGGCUCCCAAGAUUGAGGAUGAAGAAGGAUCUUAGGCACCUUUGAAAUCCAAGAAAAUAAAACAAAGCUUUUUGAGAACUCCUUCUGAGAUGCCAGCAUGUACUUAAGUCUCUUCUGUCACCAAACCCUGUACCUCUGAGUACAUAUGUAGAUAUUGUUUUCUGUAAAUAACAUAUUUUUUUCUCCACUCUUCAGAAAUUUGUUUAAAGAAUAAAGUCCAAAUCUGCUCGUUAACCUAGAAAUAGUUCUGCCUUACCUCGAAAUAAUCUUAAUGCUUUUUAUAACAAAAGGGUCUUAACUAAAUACAGUUUUAAGAAUGUUUUCAAUUUAAAUAAAGUUAUUUGAAUUUCAAA